GCAACAUCGCUACAGGCAAUGAAACUGUACUUCCUGAUAGGUGUGCUGACUGCUGACAGAUAACGUGUUAGCCGGUCGCCGGUUAUAAAAGGGCGUGCAGUGACUGUAGCGUGACAGGAGGCCACUGGGGAGUUCAGAAUUUAAUAAAUCUUUGAAGAUAGCUUUGGAGACAUGUCAGCCCCAGAAACGCUCCAGAAAUUAUUUGCUCACAUAGAUGCAAAUAAAACCAAGUAUAUUGAACGCCUGAGAGAAGCUGUAGCCAUUAAAUCUGUGUCAGCAUGGGAACACACGAGAAAUGACAUUGUAAAAAUGGUUCAUUGGACAAAAGAAAGACUAGAAAAGUUAGGUGCAGAAACAGAACUCCAUGAUGUUGGUACACAGGUUACUCCAAGUGGAAAAAAAUUACCUUUGCCACCUGUUUUAUGUGGUAUUCUUGGUAAAGAUCCAAAGAAGAAAACGGUUUGUGUGUAUGGACACUUAGAUGUUCAACCUGCUGCAGUUACUGAUGGAUGGCACACUGACCCUUUCACUCUGACAGAAAAAGAUGGGAAACUGUAUGGAAGAGGUGCCACAGAUGAUAAAGGCCCAGUUAUUGGCUGGAUUAAUGCAAUAGAAGCAUAUAAAAAUCUUGGCAUUGAAGUACCAGUUAAUAUCAAAUUUGUGUUUGAAGGAAUGGAAGAAUCGGGCAGUGAAGGAUUAGAUGAAUUGUUAUAUUCUGUCAAAGAUACAUUUCUGAAGGAUAUAGACUAUGUUUGUAUUUCUGAUAAUUAUUGGCUUGGAACAACCAAGCCAUGUUUGACUUAUGGGCUAAGAGGAAUUUGCUACUUCUUUAUUGAAGUUGAGUCAUCUGCAAAGGAUCUGCAUAGUGGUGUGAUGGGAGGCACUGUGCGUGAGGGUAUGUCUGACCUUAUUUAUUUAAUGAAUACCCUUGUUGACAAGGAUGGGAAGAUUUUGAUUACCGGUAUUAUGGACGAUGUGGCACCUUUGACUGAUGAAGAAAGACAGAUGUACAAAAAUAUAGAGUUCAGUGUAGAUGAAUACCGUGCAGACAUUGGAACUAAUAAAUUACUCCACAAUGAGGAUAAGAUCGAGCUGCUACUUCAUCGCUGGAGAUAUCCAACACUUUCAUUGCAUGGAAUUGAAGGUGCAUUUAGUGAUCCAGGAGCAAAAACAGUGAUACCUGCAAAGGUCAUUGGUAAAUUUUCGAUUCGUAUUGUACCCAACCAGACACCAGAACGAGUGCAGGCUCUUGUUGAAAAAUAUCUUAAUGGACAGUGGAAGAAGCGGGGUAGCACAAACAAUUUUAAGGUUAAAAUGGGACACGGUGGCCGAUAUUGGCUUUCAGACCCAAAUCAUCCACACUAUUUGGCAGCGCGUGCAGCUACAAAACAUGUCUAUGGUGUAGAUCCUGAUCUAACACGUGAAGGUGGCUCAAUUCCAGUCACACUUACCCUCCAGGAAGUAACUGGCAAAAACGUUCUCCUAUUGCCUGUAGGAGCUGGAGAUGAUGGAGCCCAUGCACAAAACGAGAAGAUAAAUAUCAGAAACUACAUAGAAGGGACAAAGCUGCUGGGAGCAUACCUGUAUGAAGUAGCGAGGCUCUAAGUAUAUCGUACAGCAGAUUAUUUGAGUGUAAUCCAGAUAUGUUUUUAUAUGGCAUAAUGUUAUUGUUUAUCCUUUAUUGAAUGAAUAAAAGGUAUAUUAUAACUAAUUAACAA